UGUAGCACUUGCACAUUUUUGGCAAUUGAUGUGUAAUCGUACCAAUCUAAACUGUAGAAUACCAAAAGUAAAAAAACAGAAAAGAAAAGGAUAAUUUUGGGGUCCAAUUUGAACCUCACCGGCUUCUUUGAAAUCACCUGUCCCUCACUAUCUGUAGUUUUUCUUUGGGUAGAUCCAUUUUUGAAAUUAAGAGAGAAGAAGAAGAAGCAAAAGAAGAGAAUGGAGAUGUUUUACUUCAUGGUAUUUGGAGGCUUAGCGGCCAUAGUGGCAGCGCUCGAGCUGAGCAAAACAAGCAGAGAUCGCAUCAACACAACCUCUGCUUUUAAUUCAUUCAAGAACAACUAUCUUCUCGUUUACUCACUCAUGAUGGCUGGGGAUUGGUUGCAGGGUCCAUAUGUUUACUACCUGUACAGUACAUAUGGGUAUGGAAAGGGGGAGAUUGGCCAGCUCUUUAUUGCUGGUUUUGGAUCUUCUAUGUUGUUCGGGACAAUUGUCGGCUCUCUUGCUGAUAAACAGGGUCGGAAGAGAGCUUGUAUUACUUACUGCAUAACCUACAUUUUGAGUUGCAUCACCAAACAUUCUCCUGAGUACAAAGUUUUAAUGGUUGGACGCAUUUUGGGAGGCAUUGCCACUUCUCUACUCUUUUCAGCUUUUGAGUCUUGGCUUGUUGCAGAACACUUUAAGAGAGGUUUCGAGUCACAAUGGCUUUCAUUUACAUUCUCAAAAGCAAUAUUCCUUGGUAAUGGUUUGGUUGCCAUUCUUGCUGGGUUGUUUGGCAAUUUACUAGUGGGUAACUUGGGGCUUGGUCCUGUUGCUCCAUUUGAUGCCGCUUCAUGUUUUCUUGCUAUUGGCAUGGCAAUCAUAUUGUCAUCUUGGACUGAAAAUUAUGGAGAUCCUUCUGAAAACAAGGACUUACUUACGCAAUUCAAGGGUGCUGCUAAUGCCAUUGCUUCUGAUGAGAAAAUUGCAUUGCUGGGGGCCAUACAAUCUCUAUUUGAAGGCUCAAUGUACACUUUUGUAUUCCUCUGGACUCCUGCUCUGAGCCCAAAUGGCGAGGAUAUUCCUCAUGGUUUUAUUUUUGCAACUUUCAUGCUUGCUUCGAUGUUGGGAAGCUCUGUUGCUUCUCGUUUGAUGGCUCGCUCAUCCAUCAAAGUUGAGAGCUAUAUGCAGAUUGUUUUCCUAAUAUCUUCAGCUUCACUUCUGCUUCCUGUUAUAACAAAUUUCUUGAUAGUACCUUCUGGAGUGAAAGGUGGAAGCAUCGCAUUCUCUGGGUGUGUCCAGCUUUUUGGCUUCUGCGCAUUUGAGGCCUGUGUAGGAAUAUUCUGGCCGUCUAUCAUGAAGAUGAGGUCCCAAUAUAUUCCUGAAGAGGCUAGAAGCACCAUCAUGAACUUCUUCCGCAUUCCUCUCAACAUGUUUGUGUGUGUUGUCUUGUACAAUGUUGAUGCAUUCCCCAUCAUUGUAAUGUUUGGCAUGUGCUCUAUUUUUCUCUUUGUGGCAUCUCUAUUACAGAGGCGGCUUAUGGUCAUUGCAGAAAGCCAAAAAUCAAGAUCGCAAGAUUGGACAGCAAUGAGAGAGAUGGAAUCAGAGCCUUUAAAUGCCUGAUGGACUUUUGGAGGCAACCAACCUACGGGAUAUCUUUUUAAUAUUUGUCAGCAGCCACCUUUGCUCGCCGUGCCACUAUUGGAGCGGCAACCUGGCUAGCUGUUUACGAUCCAAGCCAAUAACAGAGCAAGUGUGGGUUUGGUCCUACUUGAUAAGAAGAUAAAAAGGAUAUCAUGGGGGGCAACAGGCUGUAAUGUUAAACAAAAAUUCAUUAUUAGGUGCAUAGAGUGACGAUCGUCACCGCUUUAAAUCUUGUUUACUGGUGCUGCAAUAAAGCAGCUGGGUAUAUCAUUCCCUUAGAUGUUAAUCCUAGAAAUUCUUAUGAAUCAUUAAUAUAUAAAGGUUCUAUCAUUUUAUAA